CUGGCACCGCCCCGGGGGCCCUGGCUCUGACCAUGCCCGGCUGAGCGCGGCGGGGGGCGGCAGGGGCACCCACAGUGGCAGCCUCCGGGCCUUGCUCCUGGCCUUGCUCCUCCUCCUCCUUCCAUGCCCCUGGGGCCCUCUCCCAGCCCGGCCGCGGAGGAGCCCCCCCUGGCUGCGGGCUCCCGAAUGAUGAGCGGCAGCAGCCGCCGCGGCCCCGCGGGAGGAGGAGGAUCCGGCGGCCCCGGCGUCUGCUUCGGCCCUCGGGAGCCCGACAAGCCCUUCGCCGACUCGGAGCGGGCGCAGAAAUGGCGCCUCUCGCUGGCCUCGCUGCUCUUCUUCACCGUCCUGCUCUCCGACCACCUGUGGCUCUGCCUUGAGGCCCGGCAGGUCGCCCCCGGGAGGCACCACCGGGACCCCGAGUCCGGCGCCAUGCAGGACGGGCCCCCGACGCCGCCCCCCUCCGGCCAGUGCUUCAGCCUCCUGGGGGACGCCGGGGAGGCCUGCCGCCGCCUGCAGCCGCCCUCCUCCUCCUCCUCCUCCUCCUCGGCGGAACUCUACCUUCCUUUUUGUAACUCCUACACCCUCCGCGAGCUCUUCGCUGGGCUUUCCCGCCCGGAGACAAGGAACUGCACUCUGGACCCCGCCGGAGGACACCACCAUCACCCCCGAGAAGAAGAAGGACAAGAAGAGGGAGAAAGGGAGCCAGGAGGCAGCAGCAGGGAUCAGGGAGAGGAGGAGGAGGAGGAGGAAGGGGACGAGUGGCUCCGCUCCUGCCGCCGCUGCGUCCUGGCUUUCCAGAGCUACGACCAGCAAGCCCGGGAGCGCUACCGGGAGUUCGAGCUGGUCCUCCAGAAAUACCUGCAAGCCGAGGAGUACUCCGUCAAAUCCGGCCCCGAGGAUUGUAAGACUGUCUACAAAGCCUGGCUCUGUUCCCAGUAUUUUGAAGUCACACAGUCUCACUGCAACCACACAAUUCCUUGCAAGCAAUACUGUUUGGAGGUUCAGACAAGGUGUCCAUUUAUAUUACCAGACAAUGAUGAUGUCAUCUAUGGAGGAUUAUCCAGUUUCAUCUGUACAGGGCUCUAUGACAACUAUCCAACCAAUGCAGAACCAGAAUGCUGUGAUGUCAGAUGGGGACUAUUAUCAGAUAACCAAUCCAAAGGGACUAUAAAAACAAGUGACUCGAUGAUGUGUCACCGGACAUCACUUACAGUUUCAUCAGCAUCAAGACUGUGUAACAGCAGACUUAAACUGUGUGUUCUUGUAUUAAUUCUCUUACAUACAGUACUCACGGUCUCAGCAGCACAGAACUCAACAGAACUGGGCUUUGGAGGCAUCACAAAUUUGGAAGACAGUUCAGCCAAUGAGGAAUAGAAGAACUGCCCCAUCUCCUCCCAUAGGCACACAGCAGGCCCACAGAUACUGCAGUCAGACAUGAGAAACUGGGUCCUUUUGCCCUCGGUUCACUCCUCCAAAGGCCUUCUGAAUAAAACUCAACAGAAGGGCCAUAAUCCAAACAAGGACACAUCAUAUACAGCUUUUUAUUGACUAAAAGGCUGUCUGGUGACUUAAAUUUCUCGCACCAUUUUAUACACUGUGUUUUAAUGUUUGGAGUUUCUUUUUUUGGUUUGUUUUUGCACUUGUUAAUACAGGAUUUUAUUUUAUUUUAUUGGACAGUUUCUCAGAGCUAAACUAAGUCUUUUCACUGUCUUAUCUAUUUCUAGUCAUUGUGUGUGUUCAUCCAAUAGUUCUGUCUUUUACGUCUUGUCAGUUUCUAUUAGAGGAAAGAACUGCUGUGAUUCCAUGGCAUAACUAACAAAUUUGAAGAAAAAACAAACAAAAACAAAGCCAGCCCCCUAAAUGGCCCUCUUCUCCACAAAAAAGUGGUUCUCCUGCUCCCCCACACCAUCUGACCAUCCCAAGUGCCCCAAAUCAGACAAUGCCCGCUUGCUUUCUGUCUGUGUAAUCACAAUGAAUGGGUGCAUGUCUCAGAUGAGCCUCUGCCACUGUUGCAUGUGAGUCACCUGACUGGAUAAACCCAAAGCAGGGAGUCAUGGGGCGGCGGGCAGGGAGGCUGUCAGAACAAUGAAGUGCUCUUCAAAGAAUGGGAACAGACAGUGAAAUUUUAAAUGUAAAGAAACCUAUAACAAACUGUUGCUCCAAUUCCCAUUUUCAAAGAAGUCCAGUCCUUUCUCACUGGUCAGUUGAACAGGAGCAGCCUGAUUUUAGAACAUGGUAUAUGAAAAACAGGUUAGGAGCUCAGUAAGUUGGCAGGAUGGGAGACCUUCAGAGUGGGGAUGAAAAGUUUGGCAUUCAUUGUGAAUUAUGAUUUUAAUUCCUCUGCAGUCAUAUAACUAGAAUGUGCCACAAUACAAAUCUAUAUGAACAAAGAGAUUCAAGAAAACAAGAUUUUACAGACAAAACUACGAGGAACACCUACAAGUGUUUCAUUUUGAGGGUGCCUGCACACAUUAUGAAUGCUGUGAGAAACACCAGUUUCUCUGCAGAAAGCAUGGUAUUUGUGGACAUCACAUGUGAGUGUACACACAUCUAACUUAAAUAUGAAUGUACACCUGUUUUGGAGUGGCUGGAGUAACUAGAGCCCCCAGAUGAAUGUCCACUGAUGUAUUAAGAUACAUGUAUACUGCAUGGUUCUUUCUUGCAGCAAUCCUGUGUAUGAAGCUUUCCUCAAACCCUUAGGUUGGGAUGGUCAAAGUGCCACCUUCUCAAUAUUGAUGGACUAUAACUUCCAGCAGCCCAACCAGUUAAAGCCACUAGUAAGGAAUAUUGGAAUGGUCAAUGGAACCUCAUCUGGAGGUUGCACUUUGCCCCUCUCUACACUAAGUACAAUGGCCCUUAGUGUCUACUAGCUCUGGUUCCAUGACACAUGUGGAUAGCAAAAUCCAUGGAUGUUCAAGUCCCCUUAAAUACAAUGGCAUAGUGAAAUAGUAUCCCAUAUAUAAAACAACAAAAUCAAGGUGUGCUAUUUGGAAUUUAUAUAUUUUUUGGAAUAUUUUCAAGCUAUGGAUGCUUGAAUCCAUGGGUAAUAAUCAGUGGAUAUGGAAAGCUGACUGUACUACAUUUAGGUGAAAUCGUUCUUGAAAGUAAAGGGGGAACAUGACAUUGGGAAUGAGGAGGAAAAAGAAUUGUAUGUUAGAACAGCUGGGGGGGCAUUUUUAUUUCCUUAGUAAAAAACAGAUAAAUCAGUUUAAUGAGUGUGCAAUAAAAUUAAUAUGUUGGGCCAUGAGUGGUCAAGUUGGGUUGGGGAUGGUGGUGAAUAAUCCAAUUGCCUUUUUCAUUGCUUUUUUGGCAGGGGUAGGAUCAUAUCACCUGCUGAGUGUAUGAGAAUUUGCUUUUCAAAAAGGCUUUUUAGAGUUUACACUAGAAUAAAUGGAAGGAAAAGUUAACAAGGGCUGUUUUUUUAAAAAAACUUUUCAAUCCUUCCUGUUCUCUAACUACACUUGGAAAGUGCACUUUAGAGCUGUUUGUUGUGUAGCUGAGAGAUGAAGGGGAAAAAAAAAAGAUAGAAACUAUUCUCUUAGAUAACCUAUUACCUACUUCUUGGCUAUUAAAACCAACCCUCCUUGUUCCCUUUCAAGAAGCAUUUCUGUUCAUCACUGCGGUGUUGAUAUGCAUUUUUAUUAAUGUUUUAUGGUUUGUGAAGUUCUGCAAAAAAAAAAAAAAGGAAAAAAGAGAAAGAAAAAAAGAGAGCAAUCCCUACUGCUUUUGCAGAUUAAAAAUAAUGCAUUUGUUAAGAUGUAUAAGCUCAACUAUUUUGCAAGACUUCUUGUUUUGAUAGUGUUUUGCUAUGACUGAGAAUGAGGAUCUUAAAAUGACCUGUGCAAAUACAAAAAAAGCACGUAAAAUGCAGAGUUUUUCAGCUUCAGUUUCUUUCCUGACCCUUUCCUCUCUCUCCACUGCGCAUGCGCACACAUAAGUAUUCUAUUCACACAGCAUAAAACAUGGUGCUUUUUUCACCUGAAAGAGCACAUUUUAUGAAUGAUGGUGGAUAUUGUAGAAAUGCUUUGAAAACAGGUGGGGGUGGAUAAGAGAGAGAAAGCUUUCACCAAAGGUGGAAUGUAGAUUUCAAAGCAUAUCAGGUCUAUUACUAAAAAUAAUGCAGCAAUAACUGGACUGGGCUGCAGUACUAGAGGGAUCUAGCUAGAGUCUCACAAGUCAGAAAGCACUUGGGUGGUGAGCUCUUGUUCAACUGACCUCUUCUCCUGAUCUUCAAUGUGUAUGGUCAGUAAACAGUUUGUUAUAAACCUUGAUCUACCUCUGCUGUGCAAAGGCCAUUCAACAACAUCCAUUUCUGUGGCAUACAUUGCAUCAUUUUGGUUCAUUCAUGAACUAAACACUCAUCUUGUUUCUUUUCUUUUCCUUCCUUCCUUCUUUCUGGCUUGUACUAUCCCAAUACAGUAGUAAGUUCCAUUCGUCCCUCAGUUAAUGUAGCGUCUAAAGCAGAGAUGCUGGCUGUACUCAGAUGAGACCCUAUUUUGCCUCAUGGUAACUACUGCAGAGAAUACCAAACAAAAAAAAUAUUAUUCCUUCCCCUCCUACAAUGUCUUUUUUAAAAAAAUGUGUUUUCAGAGGUGGAGAAUAACAGCUCUACCACUUAUUGGCUUCUAGUAGUGAGUGGCAUAGGAGGACAAGAACUGAAGGAAAAACAGUGGCAACAUUAUUCAUGUGCUUUUAAAAAAAAGCCAAACAAUGAGUAAAAUGAAACAGAAAGCACAACCCAUUUCAGUGAAAGAUGUAAUAAAAUAUCCCCUUCCUUUCCAAAUAGGUGCCUGCAGUUACAUGGUCUGUGAAUUCUCUGUCACAAUUUCCCCAUCCCCCCUUCAGUCUAUUUAUGUCAUUCAUUCAUUAUUUUAUUUUAUUUUAUUUAAAAAUCAUGUUCCUGGGGAGCCUGCUGCUGUGAUGUAUGCUACUGUUUGAGCCAGGGUAUUUCUACUCCAGCAGUGUGGUCUGUAUCUUUUCUUAGUGGCAGCUAGGAAAUCACACAUAGAGAAAAAAGACUCUUUUUAUGAAGUUCAGAGAAGCAUAAUCAUGUAUGAUGCAAAAACCUCAUCCCAUCCAUUCCUCAUCCGUAAUAGUUUUCUUGGCACAAACCUGAGCAUGCUUGAUAUUGUGCACCUAUUACUUUUGCCCGAAUAAAUUUGCAUCUUGCCACUGUAACUGCCAUCUUGUUCCAUUUCUCCUUGUAUUGUAUGACUUGGACAUACAUGAUGAAUAACUGGCUUCAGAGAGAUGACGCGCAAAUAUUUUAGCAUAGUAAAUGAAAAAAAUAUUUAUUUUACAGUCAUAUAGAACAGACUUCCCCCCAAUGUGUUAAUUGUUUUAUUUUUUGAAACAAAAAAUUCCAGUUUGUGCAAUAUAUGAAUACUGCAAAGCCAAAUGUCAUAGAUCACAACCAGAGCUAUGUGUUAUUUCCUUAUUGCAUUUACAUUUGAGAAUACAUUAUAUUGACUUUUCCUUUCAUUAAAGAGAUAGAAUACUUUUUUUUGCAAAUAUAGCUAUCAAAGGUUGUCCUUCUGCAUACUAACAAAAAUAUGGAAUUAUGGUUAAGAACUUUAAGCAGCCUAAAAGAGCUACCAUCUUGAAAAGAGUCUGUUGAAGAAAGAUGAUGGACAGAAAGAGUUUCCAAGAGGUUUCAUCAGGUAUGGUUUCCUACAAACACAGAACUAUUGGUAAUGGAGGCUGCUCAUCACACAGAAGUGUAGGCAAAUGUGACUGG